ACCCCUCACACUUUUUCAUCUCACUUUGUUUGCUCUUCAAGAAAACUUGUUCCUCCUCCAUUCUCUCCGGCGACAAGAUGCCUACCGAUAUUGAAGAUGAGAUCAGAGACGAGAAGAACCCACCACCACUCGAUGAAGACGAUAUCGCUCUCCUCAAGACCUAUGGAUUGGGGCCUUAUUCUACCAGCAUCAAGAAAGCAGAGAAAGAUGUGAAGGAUAUGGCCAAAAGGAUCAAUGAUUUAUGUGGUAUUAAGGAAUCGGACACUGGUCUAGCUGCACCUAGCCAAUGGGAUCUUGUUUCCGAUAAACAAAUGAUGCAAGAGGAGCAACCUCUUCAGGUGGCGAGAUGCACAAAGAUAAUUAACCCUAACACAGAAGACGCAAAAUACGUUAUCAAUGUCAAACAAAUUGCAAAGUUUGUUGUUGGGUUGGGUGACAAAGUUUCACCAACUGAUAUCGAAGAAGGCAUGCGUGUUGGUGUUGAUCGAAAUAAAUACCAGAUUCAGAUCCCGUUGCCGCCCAAGAUUGAUCCUAGCGUCACCAUGAUGACAGUGGAGGAAAAGCCAGAUGUGACAUAUAAUGAUGUCGGUGGAUGUAAAGAACAGAUUGAAAAAAUGAGAGAGGUUGUUGAACUACCCAUGCUUCACCCUGAGAAAUUUGUUCAACUUGGAAUCGAUCCACCGAAAGGAGUUCUCUGCUAUGGCCCACCUGGAACUGGCAAAACACUUCUAGCAAGAGCCGUUGCUAACAGAACCGAUGCAUGUUUCAUUCGUGUGAUUGGAAGUGAAUUGGUUCAGAAAUAUGUGGGUGAGGGGGCCCGCAUGGUUCGCGAACUAUUUCAGAUGGCUCGGUCGAAAAAGGCUUGCAUUGUUUUCUUUGAUGAGGUGGAUGCCAUUGGUGGUGCACGUUUUGACGACGGUGCUGGUGGUGAUAAUGAGGUUCAACGUACCAUGCUUGAGAUUGUGAAUCAGCUUGAUGGUUUCGAUGCUCGUGGUAAUAUCAAGGUUCUAAUGGCAACAAAUAGACCAGAUACCCUGGACCCUGCACUAUUACGACCCGGAAGAUUAGACAGAAAAGUGGAGUUCGGGUUACCUGAUAUGGAAAGCAGGACUCAAAUAUUCAAGAUUCAUACACGAACAAUGAACUGCGAAAGGGAUAUUCGUUAUGAACUUUUGGCACGCCUUUGCCCUAAUUCUACUGGUGCGGAUAUUAGAAGUGUGUGCACAGAGGCGGGAAUGUAUGCAAUCAGAGCACGCAGGAAGACGGUGACAGAAAAAGACUUUCUUGAUGCAGUGAACAAGGUGAUCAAGGGCUACCAGAAGUUCAGUGCUACUCCUAAAUACAUGGUUUACAAUUGAUGCAUUUAGGGUCUGUUGGAGUUUGUUUUUAGCUUUGCAUGGAAAAACCUAAUUUUAUAUGUUUGUGUAUCAACUUCUGAUGACAAUGCUUAUAUUGUUAUUUGUCUUUUCAAAAUUGUAAGGAUAUUCUCAUCGCUGGACAUGUUUUAAUUUGGUUUAAAGGAACAUGCUUGCUUUAUA